ACAUGAUUUUCCUCGAAUUUCUCGCAUUUUUCGAUAUUCCAGGCAAUGAAACUCAAUUCCAACGUGAAAAUCGUCGCAAAAAAGUGCAUUUUAGUGCCGUACGAGCCGUGCCACGUUGCAAAAUACCACAAAUGGAUGGAAAACGAGGAGAUUCGCCGACUCACCGGCUCUGAACAAUUGUCGUUGGAUGAGGAAUAUGAAAUGCAGAAAACUUGGCGAAAUGAUGAGGAUAAACUAACGUUUAUCGUUCUUGAAAUGAAUGAAAGUGGAGAAGAAGUAGAUCACAUGCUUGGCGAUGUGAAUUUGUUCAUUUCCACGUCACCGUCCACUGAAAACCCUAGCGAUGACGUCAUCACUGGUGAGGUAGAGGUUAUGAUAGCGGAGCCACGUGGCAGAGGAAAAGGCAUUGGAGAGGAGGCUGUGAGGGUUAUUAUUGCGUGGGCGUAUGAGAAUCUGAAAAUCGAGCAAUUCUGCGUAAAAAUUACCGAUGACAACACACCAAGCCUGAGCCUAUUCAAGAAGAAACUAGGAUUCAAACAAAUCGGCUAUAGCACUGCUUUCAAGGAAUUCACAUUUGAAUUGCCGAAAAAUCGAUUGAUUUCUGAAUUUUCGAGUUUUUUGGAGAAAAAUGCAGAAAUUAAGGAGUAUAAAUAAUUAUUUGUGUACUUUUACAUUGAAAAUAAAUGUUUUUCA